UAAAUAGACAUGGCCGCACACCUCCCCCACGUGUGAAGAUGAGUUCCGUGGCUCUCCCCCAUAUGGUACUUUCUCAAGGGAACAUCACCGUUCCCCGCCGUGUGUCAUCCUGUUAGGAGCUCCUGAUCGCAAAUAGAGGCUUCUAAGCCUCUUGUAGGCCUACAUAUCUUCAUCCCUCUGUCAUGAUGGAGGAGAGCCACGUAUUUCACGAGGAAGGACCCGACGAUGUGUUCGCGACGAAAGGCACUGAGGACGGCCAGCCUCUCCCCUUUCACGCCCUUUUCGAAUCAAACGACUUUGAAGGUGCUGGGCUGAACUCGUGGAUUCAGUCCGACGAUGAAUCGGACGAAGGCGGUCAGCUGCCCACAAUGGAGCGAAUGGCCCCUCUCGGCGCCGACCACGAUGAAGUCGAGGACCUGUUCCAGAAGAACGUGACCGAUCAAGAAAUGAACUGGGCUGCGAAGAGCUCCAGCAGGCCCAGCACUUCUGAGAAUGAUAAGCUCCGGAUGCUGGAGGAGGAGCAAGAACAACUGACAACUUCUUUACUGCAGUUGACUACCCACUUUGCACAGGUUCAGUUUCGACUCCAGCAGAUCGUCUCUGCUCCGAGCGAUGAAAAGGAAAAGCUCUUGAAGGAACUGGAGGAAUUUGCUUUCAGGGGGAUUCCUGAUAUGAGGGGACUGCAGACAAAUCUGCUACUGAAAGAUGAACAGAACAUGCGCCAGAGAGAAGAGCGGCUGAGGGAACAGCGACAGAAGCAGGUGGAGCUGAUCGGCGAGCUGAAGACGCAGCUGGAGGACCUCGAGAGAUACGCCUACGAGACGGGGGAUGCCGGUCUCCCCCAGAACCUCCUGCUUGAGCGACAGAAGCUGGUCAUCGAUGAGCUGAAAGGGCACCUGGAUCUGAACCUGGAGGAUUUGGACCGGCUAAGCCUGGAAGAGUUGAAACAACAGGUGGACAAGGCCGUUGGACAGGUGAUGCCGAUAGUCCUGGACCUUAUGCCGAGAAAUGUUCGACCUGUUCUUGUGGUGGAAGACCGGAAGAGAGAAGGUCUCGGUUUCCUUCGCUCACGUCGGUCAGGUCAGACGGCAAGACGGUGGAGUCGCAUCGAGAUGCGAGCCAAGACUGUCCAAAUGAUGAGGAAGGUCUUGAAUCUAUUGCACAUGUUUGCGGAUGUGCAUUUUGGCUGCGGGAGUGAGCCUUUCCGGAGGAACAUCUUGAAGGAGACUCGCAAAGGGAAUCAUUGGGGGGAUCUUCGUGCCCGAUUGGAGGUGGCCAUCGCUCGGGUGGCUCGACUGGCAGCCGAGAAAGCAGCCGGCGGAGACAGCGAUUACACUUCCGAUUCUGAGGAUUUCUCCCGUGUCGCACCGGACGAGUUGGUCAUGGCUGUUCGCAAGGACUUCGCCAUGGCCCUCAAGGACCUCAUGCAACAUGGGCUUGUCCAGACCAGCGACAACACAUCCUUGGUUCCCCGAAUGGGGUGCUUCCCGACCCGGUCGGCUCAGGUGCAACCGGAGCGACAUCUACACCCGUGGGAGCUCCUUCUUGCCUAUUAUGAUAUAAGGGGAGGACCCUUGUACAAUGCAACUCCACAGCGGAAGCUGGCUCAGAGCUUCGGGCUGGACAUCAUCGGGAGCAACGCCGUGACGGCAAAGCAGACCCUGCUGGGUGCGAUUGGGAAUGUGAUCACCUCCCACACGCCUCUCAAGAGGUCCAUGGAUGCUCACUUCAAGGCAUUCAUCUGUGAAGGACUCAAUUCCAAAAGGCUGAUCUCAUGGCUGAAGCUGAUCUUCCGCAGCACACACCUGGUGAAUCAGUACUACCAGCCGUGGAGCUAUGCUUUACGCACCGGCUUCGAGGACACAUUCCAUUCGAUGGAGAAGCUGAUGGGGUUCGAGUUCGACCUCCCGGCCGACCUUGCCGUCCGCCAGCUCCGGGCCAUCAAGGAUGCCUUCUGAGCCGAUCUUGGGACCGAUCGUCGUGCAGAUUCUCGUUAUUUUUUGGCAUCGUUUCGUCUCAUCGACAUCUCAUCGGCGCUUUCGGAUCGUGUAGUCGCGUUCGGUAGGCUUCCUCUCGCUCUCGUGAUUCCCGUAGACGACCCCGAUUGUAAGGAUGGGAAGUUUGAUUCCGUGGCAUAAAAACAUGUCAUUAAUCAUGUAUGAUUCUCAGAGAUCUGUGGGGCUGCAUUGCGGAAUGACGAUAUUCCCGAAAUAAAGGCUAAUUCAAAGGCCAAAAUCCUCAGAGGGAGUCGAUUUCGUGCCCAAGGGUAGCACUAAUUGCCAUCCUUCAAGAAUGCCUGAUGGGAUUUUUUUGCGCUGUCACAUUUUUCUGAUUUGGCAUUUCAUCGGUGGUCUUCGAUGUCGAAAAACAGAUUUCGCAUAAAAUCGGCACGACCAUCUCGAUAUCGACGGAUUUACUUCUUUCUUUUUUUCAACUUGUUUUGUAUCAGCUGAUCGGUCGGUCUUGCACGGCACUUUUUGCGGAUUCGGUCAUUUCGUGACAGUUCGGACGACUUAGUACGAUGUGCUUGGCUCGACCGUCGACCUUAUUCGUUAUUAAGGCCCCAUAAUUAACAUUCUUAGCGUAAUUAGCCCUCUGCCACCUCCACUUCGAACAGCUAAUCGGACAGACAUCCUGAAGAUUUCUGAUCUGGAUAACAACUUUUAUGCAUAAUCAAACCUUAACGAUAUUCGAUGCUCACCCUCGCGAUUGACGGCAUUACCGGCUUUCCUGUUCCUGUUCCUGUUUUUUUUUUUCCCCG